GGUGAGUGGGAGCCGGGCCCCGGGGCCAGGAGGGGCCGCCCAGGUGGGAUCGGCCCCAGGAUUCGGCGGAGUGAGAACACCCAGGGUCUCCAGGACGUCCCCUGGACCCCCCUGCAUCCCGGCCUGCCCGUCCCCGCCCGGACGCGCGUAUUUUCCUGCCUCCGGGCGUCGGCGCCCGCUCCGCUCGCUGCCUGCAGUUGAGCGUCUGUUGGGUGCGAGAAAUACUAGGAUAAAGCCUCAUCCUGGCCCUUCGUUACUCCAGAACCUAGAGGUGGAGACGGACGACAGCAUAACACACCUGCAUUCUGAAGACAGGAGGAGUUAAAGCCUAUCUUGCUCUCUCUCCAGAGCACGUAACUGGUCUGCAGGAUGGCCGCAGCUCCUCAGGCACCAGGGAGGGGCUCCAUUCGGAAGACGAGACCUUUAACUGUGAAGACGUCAUUGAACAACCCGUAUACCAUCCGUUGGAGCCCUCUGGAGAGAGAGGAUAUGCACUUCAUAUUACAGACACUGGAAGACAGAUUUCAAUCUGUCGGACUUCAGAAGGUUGAGGAUAAGAAAAGAAAGAAAAAGCAGCCUCUUUUAAAAAAACAAAGCAAAGACAAAUGUCGCGUGGAUGUUGAUCUCAGUGAGGAUCUGAAGGAGAAAAACCCAGAAGGAAGCCAACAAGCGUCAGGGUGGACUCCCGUCCACGUCAGGAAGCAGCUGGCCAUUGGCAUUAACGAAGUCACCAGGGCUCUGGAAAGGAACGAACUGCUUUUGGUCCUAGUAUGUAAGUCAGUCAAGCCUGCCAUCAUCACCUCCCACCUGAUUCAGUUAAGUUUGAGCAGAACUAUUCCUGCUUGUCAGGUUCCCCGGCUCAGUGAGAGAAUUGCUCCCGUCAUCGGCUUAAAGUGUGUCCUAGCCUUGGGGUUCAAAAAGAACACCACUGCCUUUGUUGAUGAAGUAAAAGCUAUCAUUCCCAGAGUGCCCAGUCUAAGUGUACCAUGGCUUCAAGACAGCCUUGAAGACCCCAGGGACAGUUUAGAGACUGAGUCUUUGGAAAGCCAAGACAAAGAGAUUUUGGAAACUUCCUUUGAAGACCUCUCUAAACAUAAGAGAAAGCCCACUGAAGGACAGCAGGCUGUGGUGUUACAACCCCUUAAAAUAAAGAAACUCAUUCCAAACCCCAAUAAGAUAAGGAAACCACCCAAGAAUAAAAAAACGACUUCAAAGUAAUCUCGUAUAAACUUGUCAUUUUGUACAAUUGUAAAAUGACACCUAUGAAAGAGCCUUGAAACUAUUAAAAUGAGUUACUUUUACAUA